AAGGACGCGCAUGAUGACAUGCUAUCGACCACUCCCGGGAAAAAAAACAAAGAUGGUCAUGUGGAUUACCCGGUGUUGGCAAAAGGAAGCAAAAGAAAAGAAGAAGAAGAAGAAGAAGAAGAAGAAGAAGAAGAAGAAGAAGAAGAAGAAGAAGAAGAAGAAGAAGAAGAAGAAGAAGAAGAAGAAGAAGAAGAAGAAGAAGAAGAAGAAGAAGAAGAAGAAGAAGAAGAAGAAGAAGAAGAAGAAGAAGAAGAAAAAGAAGAAGACAAAGAAGAAGAAGAAGAAGAAGAAGAAGAAGAAGAAGAAGAAGAAGAAGAAGAAGAAGAAGAAGAAGAAGAAGAAGAAGAAGAAGAAGAAGAAGAAGAAGAAGAAGAAGAAGAAGAAGAAGAAGAAGAAGAAGAAGAAGAAGAAGAAGAAGAAGAAGAAGAAGAAGAAGAAGAAGAAGAAGAAGAAGAAGAAGAAGAAGAAGAUCUCUGUUGAUAGUGGCACGAGCCACAGUUUGAUUCAUUUAUAAACAACUAAAUUUUGAAUCUACCC